GCGCGGCAGCGAGCGAUAGUCGCUAGUCAGUAGUCACUAGUCACGUCACUCACGUCAGUAGUGUCGACAUGGAGGAGGCGGGCUUGUCGAGUGAGCGGAUCGCUUCACCACCCUGGAACAGCCUCCUUCCUGACGUGCUCUCCGUCCUGGUGUACCUGCAGGACGCUGACGGGGGUGUGCAGGCGGUGAUGUGCUGCGAGGGCGGCACGGUGAGGCUGCCCAGGAGGACGAUAGGCCAUGACUAUAACGCCGGCACGUCAGCCCAGUCAAGGGACACUCCACUCCCCCAGCUGGCCCAGAGCAUUGCAGCGGCGGCGGCGGGCAUUCCCCCACCACCACGCUGGACCCCUCAACUCCUCCAGCUGAGCAAGGUGUUUGAUCCUGUCAUGAAGCGACACUAUCACCACUAUGUGUUUGCCUUCCCUGUUGACGCUGCCACCUGGAGCAAGGUGGAGGAUAAUUCAGUGAGGCAGAAGGUGAGCCUGGAAAAGCUGAAGACAAGCCAUGUGGAGAGGAGAGAGGUCGUGUGGCUGGUGGAGCGCAUUGCUAGGCGGGUGGUGGGUGCCCACAUGAAAGAGGUGAGUGCAAGUCAGCUGUGGCAGGAGAUGGACCAAGCACAGAGUGAGGAGGAGCUGCUGAGGUCUUCGGGUUUCAAGGAACAAGAUCUGGAGCUUAUUUCUGGGGCAUUUGUGAGGUGCAGUUACCCCUACACCACUGUCUGCCUGGGGGACGUCAAGCAGCUCCUGGGAGACCUCGGCUGGCAAAACAGGGAGGAGGACAUCUUUAGGGCACUGGACAGACAGAGAACUGGUGAGCUCUCUCAUGUGGAUUUUGUGCAUGGGUUAGUGGCAAUGGACCCAAUGACACCACACGGCAAGCGUCCCGGUGAAAUCAGGUCUUGGUACAUCUUCAGGUACUAUGACCAGGACAGCAACAGUGUGUUGGAGAAGGAGGACAUCCACAACUUGGUGACAGACUUAGCAAAGCUGCAGGGACAGGACAGCUCUGCACUGGCCAUCACUGAGAGGACCAAGGCAGCACUGGAAGUAUUUGCAGCCUCAGAUGACAGCUGUGUGGUUCCCGAGGGCUUUCUGAGUGCUAUUGGUACCCUACAGUUUCGAGGAACUUCACUACUCUUCAGAGCCUCCACCGCCAUCAUUCCCUACAUGGUGUGCAAGUUUGGAGUGGUCAGUCCCCGUCGCAAGAGCCCCCUGAAAGACUCUCCCAAGGGUCACGGUUCUACAAGGGGGUUGAAGAGGAUCAAACGCGACUGUAGCACCUCCCCACCCACCCACCACACCGGCUCACCCAAGAACUGCAUGGAGGAGAAGAGCUGUCAGAUGGAGGUGGACACCAACUCCCAAGCCUCCAUUCCGCUGAGUGAUGGAGCGUUCCAAAGCCCAGGCAACCGUCGGUACACCCUCGCUCAGCACACUGUGAAGGUGCGACGCUCUGGACAGAUCAUUGACACACAGCUGCUGCUCGACAUGGAACGUGCUGGAGAGGUAUCAGACACAGGCUUUGACGUGGAGAAGACGAAUGAGGCGUCCGUAUUGACCACAGCGCUAGUGUCUGCAGAGAAGCCAGCCAGGCAUUUUGAUAGGUACCUCUCAGUUGACGCCUUCAAUACCAGAUCCCUUCCCAACGAGAUGGUGGCUGCCCUGCGUUUCUUUGAGCACAACAAGAAGGAUAAGCCGGCAUUGCACUGGGGAGAGGUGGACUUGGUGAAACUUGGCCAGUACAUCAUCUCCCUGUGUGCUGCCAUUCGCUGCAUCUUUGAGGGUGAGCCACGCAUGCUGGUGCUCUCCUCUCCCUGCUACAUACUGGGAGAUCUUCACGGGAACUACCGAGACCUGAUCUGCUUUGAGAAGGCACUGUGGAGGAUUGGGCCGCACCUCACACCCUCCAACUUCCUGUUCCUUGGUGACUAUGUGGACCGUGGGGAGUAUGGCAUAGAGGUGGUGGCAUACCUCUUUGCCCAGAAGCUCCAGGCCCCCACUAAGUUCUUCAUGCUGCGAGGAAACCAUGAAGUGCGUGACAUACAGAAACAAUUCACCUUCUACAACGAGUGUCUCGAUAAGUUUGGGGAAAGCUUGGGGCACAAUGUUUGGGAAGCAGUAAAUAAUGCCUUUGACCACAUGCCCCUUGCAGCUGUGAUUGAUGACCAGGUGUUCUGCAUACAUGGCGGCAUUCCCAACAUUCCUGGCAACCUGAGUGAGAUGGAGAAGAUUCCCUGUCCACUGAGUAACCCCGAGGUGGAAAGUGAUGUGGCGUGGCAGGUCAUGUGGAACGAUCCCAUUGCGCCGGGUGACAUUACUGAGAGUGUCAUUGAGGAAUUGUCACAGAAUAAUGGGUUUGCCUACAACACCAAGAGGAACACGGCCUGCGUCUUCAACAAGAAGGCAUUUAACAACUUUCUGCACAAGAAUGGCAUCACUCAUGUAGUCAGAGCUCAUGAGGUCAAGCAGUCUGGCUUUGAGGUCCAGCAGGGUGGCCAGCUCCUAACGGUGUUCUCGUCGUCCCACUACUGUGGUGGCAGCAACGAGGCAGCCUGCAUCCUUCUGCACAACCACCGCAUCAGAGCCAUUAGGAUUGACACGUCGUAGAGGACAGGAAGGCACAAAAACUUUUUUUUUCUUCUUUAUUGGAUGCAAUUUAACAUGACAGUUGUUGACUCACAAACUGGUGUCUGAUCUCAGCAAUUUUUUGUGACAGGUUUGGCUCAAUUUUUGUGACGGGUGUUUAAGGAGUAGUUUUUUUCACUGCUUAAAUAGAAGCAUUGCUGUGCCAAAGAUUAAUGUAUAGUACUAAUUUGCUAUUACAGAUUAGAACAGUUAAAAAGUAUCUUGGUUACUAAAACAAGUUAAAACCAUGCAUUAUAUUGUGUGGUAACUAACCGUCACAUUUCCUUAAAAAGCAGAACCUAAAAUUCAGAUGUUAAUAUAUUCUUCACAUGCAGAAUAAUUGUCUAAUGUGACAGUCCUGAACCAGGAAGCACUAAAAUCCAAGAUAUCAAGAACGUGUACUAUUAUUGGUGCAUCAUUUCAAAGGAACCUUCUGUAUUUCAGCAAACGUUAUACAAAAUGCCUGAAACUCAACAUUCUUAUACAAACAGGCCACAUCGUAUGCAGUCUGGCCUAGACUGUUGCACAGGUUCAAAGGGAUGCCAUGCUGCAGCAGACUGUAGGCAAAGCUGAUGUCACCCUGUCAAGAGUACAAAUAUAUGUGUGUUCUCUGUCUGUCACCAGAUGCACAACACUCCACCCAGCCCUGCCUUGUGAGCCUCACAUACUACACUGUUGCUUAUAAAUCCCACACCAUUCAAGCUGCUAUGGGGAGUGACUGGUUCGUAAACAUACUGUCAGAGUACACUGUGGGUCUGUGGAGAGAGAGGGGAGGGGGCAGUUCUUCUGUGAGGGGCUAUGCUGAAUGACGUUUAAUAGUUCCUGAGCCAUUAGUCUGAAAUGGAGAGUGACAGAAUUUUUAAGACAAGAGGGAGCUGAAACACAGACCCUUGCAAAUAAACGAAGAGGCUCACAAGAAUAUGGCUGGGUGGAAUGGUGAGUGACACACACCCCUUCAGAAACAAAUAACUUGUCAGUAUUAACCUUAGAGUAAUACUACUGAUGUUAAUUAUUAAACUUGUAAACUUAA